AUAAAAUUGCAUACAGCUUUGAAACUUUCAUUGCACAAGGCAUAAUAUCUAGUGUUAAGUAGACAUAUUAUCCGUUGAAUUUAAGACAAGCAAGAAUGUGUUGCUCUUUUGUCUUUCCCAGUUUUUAUUAUUAUUCUCCUUGGCGGCUGCUCUUUGACACGUAAAUGCCUCGAUUCUUUCCGAAGAGACGCCUGAGUAUAGCGAAAUUGACGCCAUGUUUGUUUUGAUUCCUGGGCGAAGGCGCUGGCUGCAAGGAAAUUUGAAGGCGAAACUCGACCCAGUAUCAACAAUUUCGAUUGCGAACAUCUGUACUUCCAGUUGAGUGCUGAAAGCAAGUGGUCCUUGUCACCCGAAGGAGGCAGCAUCAAGAGGACAAAAUGUGGGAUGUAAUUGGAGUGUCACGCUCAGGGAGGGUAAGGAAGAAACCAGCAACGUUAAAAGACUUCGAAUCUCCAUAUGAUGUUGGGUUGAAGCGUAUGGCAGGCAGUUGCCCAAACUUCCCAGGAAAAAGAAUGAACCUCACCCCUCGCACAAAUAGCAUCAGUGACUCAGAUGGGAGUACUGAAUAUGAUAUAUGCAAUGUGAUAUAUGAACCUUUAAGAGUUGGUCACUGGAAAGAGAACAGUGGAGAUGAGGAUACUAUAGAUGUUCAGGACUUGCCUGAUGCUGACAAAAUCGAUCCACUGCUGCUUGAAAAUGCCAAUGCAGAUACGCCUAUGGAAAAUUCAGAGGGGACCCUGGAUCGUGAGAUAGAAGCUGCACCUCUUGAUGCUAUUUUAGAUGAUUUGAUUGAAGUUAAGGAAGAACCUUUGGAGACUGAUUUUCCGAGAGAUUAUAAAACUGUUGAGGAAGACAUUGCUAACGAAGAUGUUGAUGACGCGCUUGAGGAUGACCCUUUGCGUCUUGAUAAUGAUGCAGAAUUCACUCCAGUGGACACGUCAGAUUACAGCCAGAUUGAGUCAAUGAACCUAUCAGCGAAUGCGGGGAUGAAUGCCGCAAUGACAAAAGACGGCCCUCGUAUACUUAACAGGAAGCUGAUGGAUAAAGGGACAUUAUGGACAGCCUAUAGAUUAUGGUCCAAAGAAGUGAGAUCAGACAUUUUAAAGACCAACCCAAAUAUGGAGUUUGCUGAUGUGAAUAGAAAGCUGGGAAUGUUGUGGUCAUUGGUAUCUACAACCAAGAAAUAUAACUGGAAACGGCGAGCUAGAAGAUUAAACGAGAAGGAGAGAUCCAUUAUUCCGACUUCACUCAGACACCCACCGAACACAGCAACCAUCUCAGCAGUUGAGAGAAAUUCAGAUUUUAUGGAACUGGAGGAUACUGCAAAAUCAGAAAGAACAGUUCCCUCUCUUAGCUUCGCAGGUCAAGGAUUCAAUAACAUCAUUAUCACGAGUGAAAAGGAGAAAACUGUCCUGAGGACGAAUGCAGGAACCAAGGAGGAAGCAUUGUUGUGGAAGGAUGUCUAUUGCCAGAGAUACGACUACCAUUUCACGUGCAAGAAAAGCUAUACCGCAGCUAGAAUCAUCUUCCAUGGAGUGUUUCAGUGCGUUUAUGGAGACAGACAGCAUCAGGAGAGCAAGAAAACAUACACAAAGUGCCCUGUAAUAAUGGAUGUGAAAAUCAAAGUACCCACAAAGGACAUAAUUAGAAACGAUCCACAUAUAAGGACUCACCCUUGCUUCAUCACAAUUAAGGGUGCCCACAACCACCACACGAUGCUCAACGAACUCAGAGUUAUCAAAGCAGUUAAAGAAGAGUUUUUCAAAUACUUCGAUUUGGGCAUGACGGCUGCUCAAGUUUCAAGAUUUCAUGAGGACAAGACUAAUCUACGUCUUGCAGACAUGGGAUGUAGUGCUGUUAAUCCAACUAAUAGAGCAAUAUCUUUUGUGUACAAUCUGUGGUUAAAAGAAAGUUGUGAUAGAAUAGCUGACCUGAGCAUGGAUUCUGUAAUUAGAAAAUAUGCAAAGGAAAACCCAUCUUCAACAAUUGAACUUGAGUUCAGUGAAAAUGGAUUCACAGCUGUUUUGAUAACAGAUUUCAUGCGUAGAGUACAUAAAGAGUUCAAGGAAGCAGGUGAUGUGGUGUUUGUAGACACAACUUGCCAUGUAAAUGAAAUGAACACUGCAGUGACAUCUCUUCUUUGUGCUGGACCUGCUGGUGCUGCUCCCUUGGGUGUAAUUUUUACAUCCUCCCAAGAAGAAGGAAGUUAUAGAGCAGGAUUUUACAUGCUGAAGAAGGCAUUGGGCAAGGCUGCUUUUUAUGGGCAAGAACAUCCACAUUGCUUCCGAACCAGCACAAUCAAAUCAAAACAAAAAGCACUAAGGGCUAUUUGGCCAGAAUCUGAGGUUUUCAUUAGCAACUACUGUGUACUACAGCAAGUCUGGCAAUGCCUCUGUAAUGAGUACUAUGAAGUCAAGAAGGAGCACCAUCCUCUGCUAAUGGAUACAGCACAGCAGUUGGUGUAUGCAGAUUCUCCUGAUAAGUUUGAAUAUCUCUGGGAAUCUAUUUCUCAGAGGACAGAGUUCCAGCAAUAUGACAAAUACACUAGAUAUUUCAAAAAUCUGGUGGAGAUGAAGCAGGAAUGGAGCAUAGCCUAUGGGAAGCAAAAGUUACUAAAUGACCAGCAUAUGAACAACAUUGCCGAGUCCACUAUGUGCAUCAUUAAAGAUAUUAUCCACAACAGAUGCAUAUCAUACACAACGAGCCAGCUGAUUAUCUUCAUGAAUGAAAUUUAUGAUGGUUACAUGAGGCAGUGUCUUUUUGAUGUGGCUCUUUCCCAAAGGAGAACCAACCCAAUAAUCAGCAGAUCUGUUGGAGUUGGCAACUGUACAGAAGCUGAUAGGUGCAAGUUCACUGUGCAGAGUAUUCGCAAUAAAGUUGUACAGUAUAAUGUAGACCUGACCAGUGGUACUUGCAACUGUUCUAAAGGACAGAAUGGAGAGGCAUGCAAGCAUCUGAUAAAUUGUUGUGAAGCUUAUCUGCAACGGCUACCACAAGACUUCAGAAGUACUCCAGAAAAUCGACAGUGGCUUGCUAGUGUAGCAGUUGGCAGGAAACAGUUGUCUUCAUUGAAGGAUUUUGCUGACUUGCAAAAAGUUGCACCUGGUGGUUCUGUCAUUGCUGCUUGGUGUGAAGGGUUCGAGGGAUUUCCACAAGCUACAGCAACUCCAACUCCAAGCCAGAUUUCACCCAUGACCAAAAAUAAUUUUAGAAGAGCAUUAGAAGGUAUUAAAGACUUGCAGGACGUCUUGUUUCAGGUAAUCAAUCAAUAUGGAGAUGAUGACACUUUAGAGGCAGUGGAUGCAAUGAAAGGAAGGUUAGAGUCAAUAAGAUCAACGACUCAGCUCAAUAAGUUCCUGUCUGAGAGUAGCACAUGAAGGGGCUGGAUAUGUAAGAAUGAAUGCAAAAGCUAUGUGGCAGACAGGCAUGGCAAGGGAUGCUUUCACACAGAGAGCAUAAUGAAAAUCUACUUAGUAAAACAAGGAAAUGAAAUUUAGUUUUGGUUUUAGUCCCAGUUUAUAUGUAUAUAAUGCACAUAUGCACAUACAUAUGUAUAUAUAUGUUGGAAAGUGCAUAUGACUGUACAUAUAAAUGUAAAAAUCUUUUGAUAAUAUAAUGAAAGAUAUUACUAUACCAACAAUGUUCUUAAAUCAUUUCAGAUAUACUUAGUACAAUAAAAGGAGAGUUGCUCUUAACAUGCACUGAAUAGAAGUACAGCUGUGAUACUUCUUUCAUCAUUAGAUCUCAUGAUAAGAAGACAUUUAAGGAAUUCAGAUUAAUUAAUUAUCUUUUUGUAAUAUAUAUAAAUGGAUGAAUGUGUCUGUGCGUGUGCGUGCGUGUGCACAUUACAUAUAUACAAAAAUAUAUGUAUAUCAGUGUAUUAAUUCCUUAUCCUUAUUUUUUUAUAUUUAUAUAUAUAUGUUUUUGUUUUAUUUACAUGCCUGUAAAAUGCAUUAGAGGGCUGUUGAUCUUAAGGAGUUUUUUUUUACCUGUUCAGAAAAUCAAAGAAAAGGUUUGAUGUGGAGCUAAGUUAGUUUCAAUAUUGAUGAUAACCCUUUUCUGUUUGUUCAGAGUUCAAAGUGACUUUAAUGUCACAUAUGUAUGUACUUUUUUCCCCCAGAAUCUCAUUAUAAAGCAUGAACAUUU